AUGGCUGGCCUGGCCCCAUCCCUUGCCCUCAGCCUAACGGCGUCAACUUCAACCUCAUUUAACCCCCUCAGCUCUAGCGCGACCUCUCUUUCUCAACCCCCGCUCUUCCCACCAGCUCCUUCCACCAUGGCGGGGUGGAUCGGAUGGGUGUUCACCUUCAUCUUUCACACUGUCCCAAGUGCCCUCUACUGGGUCAUCACCUUCUCAACUAUUACACUACCCACAUGGCUCUUCACGCUGUUUUCCAUGAGCUUGACAUUCACCAUGAAUUUCACCACCAUAAUGUUGAUCUUUCUCGUCCUGGUAUCGACCGUUAGCUGGUUUAUCCGCUAUCGGUUCAUGAAUAUGUACAGUCGCCUGCCCCCAGAGCCCCAACGCAAAGAAGCCCAAAUCGAUCUGUUCCCCGAUAUCCAGGAGGGCGAUUCAAAGCCAGGGCUUGCCAAUUAUCUCGAUGAAUUCCUCAGCGCCAUCAAAGUCUUUGGUUACCUCGAACGGCCCGUCUUCCAUGAGUUGACCCGGACAAUGCAGACUAGGAAGCUGAUUGCCGGAGAGACACUCAUGCUAGAGGAAGAAAAGGGAUUUUGUAUGGUCGUGGAUGGCUUAGUCCAGAUUUUUGUGAAGUCAGCACGUGAAGGGAAAUCAAACUCCCAAGAGAGCUUGUACAUGGAUGAUGCGACCUCUGACGAGGAGGACCAUCACAUCCAUGGCCGACAGGGAUAUCAGCUCCUCACCGAGGUCAAGAAUGGCGCUUCGAUGUCGUCUCUAUUCUCCAUUCUCCAGCUUUUUACAGAAGAUAUCGAGCUCCGCAACUCGCGAAGCCACAGCUCCAGUAUAUCUAGCCCUCCUCGUGCUGAGACACCUGUGGCUGAUUCCUUCGCUGUUAGCCCUGGCACCAAUAUUGUUAAUAGCCCCGAUUUCACCGAAUUGCACGCUGCAGCUCGCGGACCUGGCGCACCGUUGUCGCCAGUUCCUCCGCUAAAUCUCGGAGAGAGCCAUGCUAUGCCUAGCCAGGAACAAGACCAGACCCCACAACCUGAUCAUCAACAGAAUUCCCAGAAAAAAGGUCGCAAGUCGGUACAUCCGGAUAUUGUGGCACGGGCUACAGUGGACACGACAAUUGCCAUAAUCCCAGCGAGCGCGUUCCGCCGUCUGACUAGAGUCUACCCACGGGCAACGUCACACAUCGUCCAAGUCAUUCUGACACGUCUUCAGCGGGUGACAUUCGCCACAGCGCAUUCUUAUCUAGGUCUGACCACCGAAGUACUGGGGAUAGAACGGCAAAUGUCCAAGUUUACCUCUUGGGACCUCCCCAAUAAUCUUCGGGGGAGCGCCCUGGACCGCCUGAAAGACAAAUUCACGCGGGAGCGAGACAGACUAGGACCAGAAGAGGUUGGCAAAGGCAUUGCUCUGCACAAUCCUUCUGCUGGUCGUCGGCGUCGCUCGAGCAGUAGCCUCAGAAAAGAGGCUGUCUUGCAAGCCAAAGUGGCCAGUGAACGCCCUGCACCCCCAGCUCCGCAGAUGUCUCCACCGGCAUUCAUCGACAGGGAUACGGCAGGUGUCAGCCCAGGCGAUCUACUAUCGACGAUACAACUGUCCCGAUUUGGGCCGCGAUACGACCAUCUGGCACCUCGCAUGCAGAGUCCUCUUACCGAGAGAGAACAACCGCAAUUUUUAUCCGCUGCUGCAAUGAAUCGCCGGCCCUCAACAUUCCAGCGAAAAGAGUCGGUUGACGAGGACGGCCUUUUCCGCGAGUCAAUCUUAGACUGUAUUAUGAGAGGCAUUGGGCUCACUGAAGGCUCACGCGAUACCCUGCGUAAGGGAAGCCACUCUGGCGACGCAUCACCAAGACUUCUCUCCUACGAUAACCGUCGUCAGAAGGCAGUGUUCUCCAAUGCAUUUGGCUUCAUGGAUCCUUAUGAAGGGUCUGGUGAUGGCGAGUCCGAAUCCAUGAUGUCCAUGUCAGUGACUAGCGCAGGGGGGACUUCACCUGUCGUCAACCUGCGAGAAGAGCUGCGCCAUGACAUCGAGGUAGUCUACUUCCCUCAAGGCUCGGUUCUUGUGGAACAGGGCGAGCGUCACCCUGGUCUCUACUACGUGAUCGAUGGCUUCUUGGACGUGGGAAUCCCAGCGAAUGAACGCGACGAAACCCUUAUUGGGACUUCUCAUGGGUCCGUCUCGCAAGCGCAAGAGGAAUUAUUCCCGAAGCUGAGACGCACCACAACAGCAUCAUCGCGCGCACCUGGUGCAGCAGGCGCCAGUGACCCCCGACGGAAGACACAAUCUCGCAAAUCGCUGUAUCUGAUCAAACCGGGUGGUAUUCAAGGAUACGUGGGUGCACUGGCUUCAUACCGCUCGUACACCGAUGUUGUGGCCAAAACGGAUGUCUACGUUGGAUUCCUUCCCCGUGCUUCCCUGGAGAGAAUCGCAGACAGACAUCCGGCAGCUCUAUUGACACUAGCAAAGCGACUGACAAGACUUCUACCUCGCUUGCUGCUCCACAUUGAUUUCGCUCUUGAGUGGGUUCAAGUCAGCGCAGGACAAGUGAUUUACCACCAAGGUGAUGAAAGUGAUGCCAUUUAUCUUGUUCUCAACGGUCGCCUGAGGUCUGUCCUUGAGGGAUCAAACGGCAAGAUAACCGUCAUUGGCGAACACGGCCAGGGUGAGAGUGUUGGUGAACUAGAGGUCAUGACCGAAUCAACAAGACCAUCCACGUUGCAUGCUAUUCGGGAAACGGAGCUUGCCAAAUUCCCCCGGUCUCUCUUCAACAGUCUUGCACAGGAACACCCUGGAAUCACCAUUCAGGUUUCUAAACUCAUUGCCCAACGAAUGCGUGAUUUGGUUGAACGUCCGUUGUCUGAAAAGGGCAUCGAACACGGAAAUUCCGCUGGUGCCCAGACUGCAACCUCAACGCUGAAUCUUCGCACUGUUGCAAUUCUCCCUGUUAUGGCUGGUGUCCCGGUCGUGGAAUUCGGAAAUAGACUUCUGCAGGCGUUGCACCAAAUUGGUGUGACCAGAGGUGUCACAUCACUCAACCAAGCGGCAAUUUUGAACCACUUAGGUCGCCAUGCCUUUAGUAAGAUGGGCAAACUUAAGCUUUCUCAAUAUCUAGCUGAUCUUGAGGAGAAGUACGGUAUGGUGUUGUACAUUGCUGAUACAAACGUGAACGCACCAUGGACUCAGACCUGCAUCGCGCAAGCCGAUUCCAUCCUGUUGGUGGGCCUCGCAGAAUCCUCACCAAGGAUCGGUGAGUACGAGCGAUUCUUGCUGGGUAUGAAAACCACUGCCCGCAAGGAGUUGGUCCUUUUACACGCGGAACGAUACUGUUCACCUGGACUUACCAGGGAAUGGCUCAAGAACCGAGUGUGGAUCAAUGGUGGCCAUCACCACAUUCAAAUGGCUUUCCGUUCCACCAACGAGCCUUCACAUCCGCCGAGUAAAAAGUUCGGCACUGUGCUGAAACAGCGCGUGCAGAUCCUGCAAGCCGAAAUUCAAAAAUAUACCUCCCGCCGUGCGCAACAAACCCCACUUUAUUCCCCGCAAACUCCAUUCAAGGGUGAUUUCCAUCGACUAGCUAGGCGGUUGUGCGGGAAGUCUGUGGGUCUCGUGUUGGGUGGAGGAGGAGCGCGUGGCAUUGCGCAAGUUGGUGUCAUCAAAGCGCUCGAGGAGGCCGGAAUCCCAAUUGAUAUCAUCGGUGGUACAUCGAUCGGCUCUUUCAUUGGAGCUCUGUACGCGCGUGAUGCCGAUGUCGUCCCCAUGUACGGCCGAGCCAAGAAGUUCUCCGGGCGCAUGGGGAGUAUGUGGCGGUUCGCACUGGACCUGACCUAUCCUACCGUGUCCUACACGACAGGCCAUGAAUUCAACCGCGGUAUCUUCAAAACCUUCGGUGAUAGCCAGAUUGAAGACUUCUGGCUGGAGUUCUAUUGCAAUACAACCAACAUCAGCCGGUCCCGAAUUGAGUAUCACUCGUCGGGCUAUGUUUGGCGGUACGUCCGGGCCUCGAUGUCACUGGCCGGUUUGAUGCCUCCUAUCUGCGACGAAGGCAGCAUGCUCCUGGAUGGCGGCUACAUCGACAAUCUUACCGUGGCACACAUGCGAAGUCUUGGAGCAGAUGUCAUCUUCGCAGUUGAUGUCGGAUCAAUCGACGACACCACACCCCAAGGAUUCGGAGACUCAUUAUCCGGCUUCUGGUCAGUCUUCAACCGAUGGAACCCAUUCUCUUCACUUCCCAACCCACCUACGCUUUCCGAAAUCCAAGCCCGCCUUGCCUACGUCUCAUCAUUCGACAACCUUGAGCGCGCAAAAAGUAUGACCGGCUGUCUCUACAUGCGUCCUCCCAUCGAUCCAUACGGGACUCUUGAAUUCGGUAAAUUCGAUGAGAUUUACCAAGUCGGCUAUGCAUAUGGAAAAGAGUACCUCGACCGUCUGAAAAACGAGGGCUCGCUACCUAUCCCCGAGGAAACCGAGGAAAAGCGCAAGCUGCAGCGGACAAUGGCUCCUCGCCGCGCUAGUAUCUAA